AGAAGAAGAAGAAGAAGAUGAGGGCCGUAAUGUGGCUCGCGUUGCUCGUUCUGCUGAACGUCGACGUCAGCAGGCAGCAGGAAGAAGAUAUACCACAUAAUCAAGUUCGAAAUUGGGCUUUGAGAUUCGGAGUCGAUCUUUGGGAAUUCGGGAGAUUGAUAACUAAAAUGAACGACAUACAGAAGAAAUAUCUAAGUUCGAAUGCCGCAGUUGUCAGAAAGGAUGGACUUGUGCUUGUGAGGGAAAUGGCAGCAGAGGUGAAGAAUAUGUUGGAUUUCAAAAUGAAUGCAGUUAUGAAACUAAUGGAGAACGCGGAACAGGCCGCGGUCUCGGUGACCCAGGAGGCCACAACCUCGUCCAAGUACUACGCGAGCAACCGCAUCAACCUCUUCACCGACGACGGCAAACUCGUGGCUGGAGCUCGCGAGAUGUCCCUCACGGGUAACCGACACUUCGACCACAUCGCGGUCAACCUGAGCUUGUCGGCUAUCCUCAUGCCUCCCGGGGUCAAGGACACAGAAUCCGACGUGGCGUCCGGCCUUCAAUGGAGCGAAUACCUCGAUCCACUCUUCGUCAACAAUUACGAGAGCGACCCAACUCUUUCCUGGCAGUAUUUCGGAUCGACAUCCGGCUUCUUACGACGCUUUCCCGCAAUGUCGUGGCCGCCGGAGGAUACGUCGCCGGUGCAGAAUGGACCGAUGCGCGUGCGCCCCGUCGACGACUUCCGGCUGUCCGAGUGGUUCGUUGGGGGGGCCACUUCGCCCAAAGACCUCGCAAUCCUCGUCGACGGCAGCAGCCUCUAUUCGAGCAAAAGCCGUAACCUCAUCGUCGCCACGACAAAUGCCAUUCUCGAUAGUCUCGGACCCAAUGACUUUGUCAACGUCUACCGCUACGGCGAAAGUGCCAAGGAGAUCGUAACCUGCUUCAAGGACGUUAUGAUGGUUGCUUCGCCCGAGAAUAUUAAGGAGUUGAAGACGGCCGUGAACAACUUGACGGGCGAAUCGACGUCCAAUAUCUCGGCAGCGUUCAGCGCGGCCUUCGAAAUCCUGCACAAGUACAACAGAUCGUCGCAGGGCAGCCAAUGUAACCAGGCGAUCAUACUGAUAACGUCGAGGAGCGACGUUGCACCGGUAGAACUUAUCAAGCACUACAAUUCACCCCACAUGCCUGUCCGGAUAUUCACGUACGUCGUGGGAGGUGACAAUAGUCAAGAGCUUCGCACAAUGUCUUGCAGCAACAAAGGAUAUUAUACAAUGAUAAAAAGUAUGGACGAAAUAAAGAGCAAAGUUUUCGAGUACAUCAAAGUUUUGGCAAGACCUAUGGUUCUCUAUCAACGCGAUCAUCCCAUACAUUGGACGCCGGUUUACAUUGGCGGAAAGAGUAGCAGAUACGGCCUCGAAGGUCAAGGUCAACUCAUGACGUCAGUCACUGCGCCUAUAUUAGAUCGCAGAAAUCACACGGUUAGAGCAGCUAAUUUAUUGGGUAUAGUUGGGACUGAUGUACCCAUUGAACAAAUUCAAAAACUUGUGCGACCUCACAAGCUGGGUGUUAAUGGAUAUUCAUUUUUGGUUGACAACAAUGGACGCGUCUUGUACCAUCCUGAUUUACGUCCUUUGCCAGGAAACAUUGACUACCAUGAAACCUUGAAGCGCAAAUUCAUCAGCGUUGAUUUAUCGGAAGUUGAAUUUUCUGAAUUCGAUGGGCCAAUGCAUUCUUUAAACAACUCACUUUUGCUCGAUCUUAGACAUGAUAUGAUUGAUCAGAAAGAAGGGGAGACCGAAUUCUCGGUGAAAGUGCAUUACGAUGACAUGAAGAGAGUAACUAUCAGGCGUCAUAAUUACUUUUACAAACCAAUCGAAGAUACUCCGUUUUCGUUGGGACUUGCAUUACCGGAAGGUUACGGCAUGUUUGAUUUGCAUGCCGAGCAAGAAAUAAGGCACGCACCUGUCAACGUAACGCGAUACUUCAAAGAAAAUGAUUGGAAAGUACAUCCUGACUGGACCUACUGCGAGUACUAUUUCGAAUCGGAAAAAUGGUUUGCAACACCGGAGGAGCGGGUUCUACACUUUUUAACUCAAGCUCAUAAUCCAGGUUGGAAAUGGCGGUCCAUGAGACCAAAAAGUCCAAGCUCGCAUCGGAAACCUGCAAGCAAGCCCGACAAAGAUUAUUAUUAUUGUGAUAAAGGAUUAUUACAAUCAUUGGUAUUAGAUGCUUGGGUAACAGAUGGAUUUUCUGAACCAAGUGAAAAAUCUAUGCAAAAGGAGGAAAACCCAAUUGCCAUACUGAUGGCUCUGAUGUUCAGGAAUAGCAGCGAGAGAUUCGGAGUUAUUCGGAGCUUCGUCGCGACGAGAAGUGGACUCUUACGAUGGCAUAAUUACCAGCAAAACGAUGAAAAUCAAGACGAACCGGAAUUCGCUGACACUUACAGGAGGGCCAUGGAUUCCACGUGGUACAAAAGAGCCGUCGAUCAGCAUGCGAUCGAACCCGACAGUUUCGUUUUCAGUGUACCAUUCGACGCGAUUGAAAAUCCAAGACCCAUCGUGACAGCGACUCACGCGAUUUUCGUGGAAACAAAGGGCCAUAAAGCUCCAGCUGCUGUCGUAGGAAUACAAUUUCGUCAUGCAGCUUUGGCCUCACAUUUCGUGAAUGUUACAUCUUCGUGUUUUGGAACUGACGUUUGCAAAAAGAACUGCGCUUCGGAUGAAUUAGACUGUUACAUCUUGGACAAUAAUGGUUUUACCAUCUUUAGUGAAAAGCACGAACACACUGGAAAAUUUUUCGGAGAUAUUGACGGGACAAUAAUGGAUUCUUUAGUUCAGGAUAAGAUAUUUAGGAAAGUCAGUGUUGUAGAUUAUCAAGGAAUAUGCUCUCCGCAAUCAUCCCGUGUCUCUGCCGCGCCAAAAGUAUGGUCUUAUUCAAUCAUAAAAAUAAUGGCAGCAUUGGGUAACUUUUUAUGGACUUGGAUUGUAAACUUGAACUUUGUGGAUGUGCUUCGACCUGUAUGGGCAUACGCAUAUAACUUGGAGAGUGAUGAUAACGUAGUGUACACAGAUGGGGAUCCUUACCCACCGGAUUUGAUGGACGAGGUAACGGUGGAGAACGUACCAUCAUAUCCGCCGGUGCUGCAGCCACCCAUGGCACCAGUUGCUACGACCUACUCGACAACAACGAACUUACCACCCCAUAAGCUGCGCACUUGCGAAAAGAAGACGGACCUUUACAUUUUGCAAGCUGACAGGUUAAAUUCCAGCGGACAGGGCAAUCCGCUGAAAGGAAAACUGACUAACUGCAAUGUAUCUGGUUGUGAACGGCCCUUCAGCGUGCAGAAAAUUAGCUACACAAACCUCAUACUUCUCGUCGUGGAUACACUUUGUCCCUGCGGUGAUAAAAAGCUCGGCAUCAGGCCUUAUGAAGCAUUAACUGACGCUGGUGCUUGUAUGGCGCGACGCGAGCGACUUUACCGACGCAAACCCACGAAAUGCAUCAACUAUCAUCCCGAGGAGCUGGAAAUCAAAGUUUGCGAUGGUGUUGGAAGAAUAGUUGGUCUUCGUAUGGGGCUGCUUCUGAUUUGUCUAUUCCUCAUUCAUUUUACGUGACUUAAUGGUCAAUAAGCAUCGACGAUAUCAUCAAUCGAUAAAACGAAGAAAAAAGAGAAAUUAUACGCAUUUGGAAAGUGAGGAUAACGAGUAUCUUAAGCAACCAGUUUCGCUAUAAAAUAGCGAAAAUCACUUGACUGUUAAAAUAAGAGUUAAUGUGGAAGGUUUGAUCAAUUACUAGCCGAGCAAGUA